GGGACCAUAAUACCAUUUAACUUAUUUUUUAAUAUUAAUUAUACUAUCAUUUUUUCAAACGUUGUAUACACCAAGUUCUGUACUUACAAAAAAUACAUUUUUUCACAAACAUUCUAACAUACCUACCAAUAAUUACUAUAUCAUUAAUUACGCCUCUGUAAUUGUACGCAGUAGUAACUAGUAGUUAUUAUUACGAUUGGUUAUAAUGUUUCUAGAAAAAAAAUAUCGAACCGUCGAUCAUAGGGGCUAAUAUUGGAAAAUUAUAUUGUAUAUAUUGAUGAUGCCAAGUUUAAAAUGGGCCUAAUGUAUUUAUUGCACUUGUGAAAACAUUAAACGGAUUAUUGUAGAAACUAGAAACCAUCUUUCAAUUACGACCUAUUGUUGAAAAUAAAUAACAGUAAAUUGGACAAUGAAUUAUAAUGUCUGUGGAACUCGUAUCAAGAAAAUUGAUUCAGCUAUAAAUAUAAAUAUUUUAUGUUAGAUUAUAUACUAUAAAAUAUAGAAAUCAAAAUACAUUUUUUCCUUUAUCACUCCGCCCCAUUUUUGUCGUGAACAAUAGCUUUUAAUUAUUUCUGUCUAUCAGUUUCUUUUUUUUUUGCCCAUCCAGAACUUAUCACUACUAUUUUUAAAAUCGUCAAUUUUAAAUUGAAGAUAUAUUACUAAUCUAAAUCCCAAACAGUAUUGAAUUAAUAUAUAUUUAUAUACAAAAUUAAAACAAUUAAUUUAACCCAUCAUUGUACUAAUACUAAAAUAAAUUAUUGAUGGUAAUAUAAAAGACUAGACUAAAAGGCCGUUUCCGCCAAAAAUCAUAUUUUUGAUACAAUGAUAUAUCAUUGAAUUCAAAUUGAACACAAUAUUAUACAUUAUAGCAAUGUUUGGAACGUUCAAUAAAACAGUGAACGCGUUCUUUCAAACACUGCAUAAUAAUUGACUCUUAGGACCGUGCCACACUAUGCGUUUUGGCGGGUCCGGUUUGACCGGACGCUUUUCGACAGGAUGACGCGUAGAUGUCACAUCUAUGCGUUUUUCUUUUUGAAAACGUUCCUUCUUUUUGCCUCGUAGGUCAAAUUAUUUCAUUAACGCGAUGGACGUGGCAUCGAAAGUACCAACCAAAGUAUCUUUAACUACUUUACUUCUCUAACAUAGUUCUGAAUGUGAUACUUACUUUAGUAUAAAAUAUUUAAUUCAAAAAAUUACAUCGUGCGAUUUAUUAAGUGCGUAUUUAUAUUAUUCAAACAUAUUAAAUUUAAAAAUUUGACUAUUCUACACAAAAUGAAUCGUAAAAAAGUAAAAGUCAUUGCAGUAGCUGAAGCACUUGGUUUAUUGGAUACAAUUAAAUCAGAAAGGAGGUACUGGGUUCAUCUUCUCAAUGUGGAACGAGAAAAAACGGGAUAUUUUAAAGAUUUUUUUGAAAACAUAAGGCGUUAUCCACAAAAAUUUUUCGAAUACUAUCGAAUGUCAAUUUCGAGUUUUGAUGAGUUAUUAGAAAUUCUACGUCCACAUAUAACUAAAACCACCACAGUAUUUCGUAAUCCAAUUUGUGCUGAAGAACGGCUUACAAUUACUUUGAGGAUAUAACGUCAUAUCAGCGAUGAUCAAUGAUUUAAAUUGAGGACAAAUUAGUGCUGCUGACCGAAAUUAAAACACAGUAACCAAGCUUGGUAAAACUUUUCAGGAGACCUUGUUUACUAAACAUUAACAGGCCGCUGAAAAAUCUUAAUUACACAAAAUGUCAACAAUAUUUUAUAGAUACUAUAGUAACCUUCGAAAAAUCAGUAUCUAAUAAGAAAAUGAUUUGCCUAAUUAAAACUCCUUAAAUUUAGUUCUUGGCAUGAAAUAACCUUGUGAAAAACAACCAUGGAAUAAAUAACCCUAUGAUAAAAAUUACGUGUAUGGUGUAAAUAACCUACCUAAAAAGGUAGAUUCUUUCAAUUUUUUUUACCAUCACUAGUGAUUCAACUAGAUUCGACAAUUUAAAACUUUUUACUGGUUCAUUCUUUAUGGCAGUGGAUCAUUUAUUGCUUGACCAAUUAAAAAAAUGUAAUUGAUCAAUAAUGUUCUACUUUCCUUAAUUUUAUUUUUGAGAUCAUCAUAAUCAUAAUAAUAUAUUAUAAUAUAUUCCUUACUUGCUUAAGAGGAAGUCACACCCACAUAAUAUGUUAUCUCUGUCUUACACACGUAUACGACGUAGCAAAUUGAUGUUCACCAAUCACCAGUUUCAUUAGUGUGCUGCCAGUUUCAAUAUUAGAGUGAAUUUACUUACUAUAAAAUUUUUAGGUAAGAAUAUUAUCUGUA